CCGUGGGUGCACGAGGAUCGGCGUCUAGGAGUUCGUCAAAUCUUUCUCGGUUACUAGACGAUCCUCGUCUUGGCGGAAGAGGUCUUCUACCUCAACAACAGAGUAGCAAUACGCGACUCAAGCCUCUUCCAACCGGAGUUGAAAUGCUCGACCUCUUGGGCGAUCGCCCUUCCUCUACUGCAGCAUCUAUUGCACGCGUAAGCGCUCCAUCACCUGCACUCGGUUUUGCUCGUUUGGCUGACAAACGUCUAACCCUGAAGAUAGACCCGAAGAUGCCUGUUUUCACUGCUGAAUUCGAAAAUAUGCC